GGGGGGGAAGCUCCGUGCGUGCGGCGCGUGCGCGCGGCGUCGGUGUGUAUGUGAGGCUCUGACGGGUUCAAAAUGGCGGCGGCGGCUCCUGUAAGAGGACAAAGGCGCAGGAGAGACCUGGAGGAAGAGGACGACGACAGCAGUCCUGGUGUGUCCUUCUCGCUCUCUUCUGAGGAGUCGGAGAUGGAGCCCGAGGAAGAGCGGAUCCGUUACAGCCAAAGACUGCGUGGCACGAUGAGGCGGCGUUACGAGGACGACGGUAUCUCUGAUGAUGAGAUUGAAGGGAAGAGGACAUUUGACCUCGAGGAGAAGCUGUCCACUAACAAGUUCAACUCUACCUUCGUGGUCUUCAUGGAAGGCAAAGACUUCACAGUUGAGUACAUCCAGCGGGGUGGCCUGAGGGACCCACUCAUCUUCAGGAGCUCGGACGGCCUGGGGAUAAAGAUGCCGGAUCCGGACUUCAGCGUGAACGAUGUGCGGCUGUGUGUAGGGAGCCGACGGAUAGUGGAUGUGAUGGAUGUGAACACGCAGCGGGACAUCGAGAUGUCCAUGGCGCAGUGGGCGCGCUACUAUGAAACGCCGGAGGAGGAUCGGGAGAAACUCUACAACGUCAUCAGCCUGGAGUUCAGCCACACCAAGCUGGAGAACCUGGUGCAGAGACCUGCCACGGUGGAUUUAAUUGACUGGGUUGAUAACAUGUGGCCCAGGCACCUGAAGGAAAGUCAGACAGAGUCUACCAAUGCCAUCUUGGAGAUGCAGUAUCCAAAGGUGCAGAAGUACUGUUUGAUGAGUGUCAAGGGCUGCUACACAGAUUUCCACGUGGACUUCGGUGGCACUUCUGUGUGGUACCACAUCCACCGAGGGGGAAAGAUCUUCUGGCUGAUCCCUCCCACACCCCAGAACCUGGAGCUCUAUGAAAACUGGCUUCUCUCAGGGAAGCAGGGAGACAUUUUCCUUGGGGACAGAGUGUCAGAGUGCCAGCGCAUCGAGCUCAAGCAGGGCUACACAUUUGUCAUUCCCUCAGGUUGGAUCCAUGCUGUGUACACUCCCAUGGACACGCUGGUUUUUGGGGGCAACUUCUUACACAGCUUCAACAUCCCUAUGCAGCUCCGGAUCUACAGCAUCGAGGACCGUACACGGGUCCCAAAUAAAUUUCGUUAUCCCUUCUAUUAUGAGAUGUGUUGGUACGUGCUGGAGCGCUACGUGUACUGCAUCACCAGCCGCUCCCACCUGACCAAGGACUUCCAGAAGGAAUCCCUCAGCAUGGAUAUGGAGCUGAGCUCCUCAGACUCUGUGAACAUGGAAGAGGAGGAGGAGGAGGAAGAUGAUGAUGAGGACGCAGCAGGGAAGGAAUCCCGGCGCCCCAUGACCAGGAGGUCCAUUCUCACCAGCCCCAUUGCCAACGGUGCCAGUGUGGACUAUGACGAACUGGGCAAGAGCUGCCGGAGCAGCCUGCCAGGUCUCAAGAAGACCCCAUCCAUAGAUUCUUCCGACUCCAGCCGGGGCUCCCAAAACGGCCAGGCCUGGGACCCGAGCGGGGGCAGCCCCCGCAAGAGCAGGAAGGUGCACCUGACCCAGUUUGAGCUGGAGGGGCUGCGCUGCCUCGUGGACAAGCUGGAGUCGCUCCCUCUGCACAAGAAGUGUGUUCCCACCGGCAUCGAGGACGAGGACGCCCUCAUCGCUGACGUCAAGGUAGGCCUGAGCGAGUGCAGAGCGCUUCCCACAAGGAAACUGGGCUUCAUCCUCACCCUACCCCUGUGCUGGGCAGGAUUGGUGUCUUCCUCUGCAUGA